GCGCAAUGUCAUCCCCGUAGGAACCUCAAGAAACACGAUUGUUUUGUUUACAUGAUCCGAGUAUUUAUAAAGGAAAUAUAGAGAAAAAUGUUGAAAAGACUCUUUUCAUCACAGUUGAGUAAAUUAAUUCUCGUACAGAAUGUACCUACGAUUUGGUGCCGUCAAUAUGCUUCUGCUCCGAAACGAUUUUAUAAAAACGCCAGUGUGUUGUACAGCGGCACUAACCAAUAUGAAAUCACACUGGACAAUCGUAAAUUGAAGACACCAAAUGGAGGGCAAUUUGUCGUGCGCAGUGAACCGUUGGCAAUCGCAGUUGCUGCCGAAUGGAAUGCACAAAGGGAUACUAUCGAAAGGUCAAAAAUGCAUUUGACGGCCCUAUGCAGCACAGCCAUUGACAAUCCGAACCGAUUAACCAAAGAAGACAUGGUCAAUUACAUUUUACAGUUCCUGCCAACCGACACCGUUUUGUUUCACUCACCGGAAGAUGACGAACUCUAUAAAGUCCAAUGCAGGGACUGGGAUCCGGCGAUAAAAUGGUUCAACGAGCGUUACGAAACAAAUUUGACCAAAUCACGUGACAUUUUGUCGCCGGUCAUGGCCGACGGAACAAAAAUGAACAUCACCAAGCACUUGCUGUCCUACGACCUGACAUCGAUGCAUGGAUUUGUGUUCGCAGUUGAUGUGUUGAAAUCGAUGGUUCUGGCAUUCGCAUGCAUUGACCGGUUCAUAACAGUCGAACAAGCCGUAAAGUUCUCACGAUUGGAGGAAGAGUUUCAAAUCACGCAUUGGGGCCGUGUCGAAUGGGCUCACGAUCUAGCCCAGCAGGAUCAUCAAGCACGUUUAGCUGCUGCAGUUUUGUUUAUCCAUUUCAAUAAUUUCGAACAUCUCGUCAAGGAGAAGUUGGUGGUGUAGAUGAAGUUGUAAAUGGCGAGAGAAAAAAAUUGAUUUUGACUGUU